AUGCCUGCAUCUUCAGUCCCACGCAGAAGAAAUACCCAUCCUCCACCGGACAUUGUUGAAGAGUUAGUCAUUGGAGUCCAACUUGUCCCGAAGUUCCCAGGACUUCCAAAGGUUGUUAUAAAAUAUGGGGCCCUAAAGCUUUGGUCCGGUGAUCAUGACGCACAACGCUGCGGUAUGCGGUAUGCGUUGCCGGACACUCAAUCAUAUGAAAAACGUCGCGAAUGUUCUCUUGUUCCGUCGCAGUAUGCGUCAGCGGCGAGGGGCAAGCGCGGUGAAGUGGGGAGGUGUACUGCCGCACAGCGCGGCGUCAUUCUCGGUUCAACGCUGCGGUGUGCGGUGUGCGUUACGGCUGAAGAAUGUAAGAAUAAAUGGCGUAAUUUACGCGACAAUUAUAGAAAAAAUCAGAAUAAGAAGAAAACCGGAAGUGCUUCUUUCGUUUCAAAGUAUGACGACGAAAGACUUAAAUUUAUAAAUGACAGCUUUGAAGAAAGGGAGUCUAUUUCAAAUCUAAAUCCCGGAAAUGUUCUUGAGGUUGAUGAAGAUAACAAUUUGCCAGUAGAGAUAUGUUCAGGACCAACUUCUUCAAUGCCGAGCUCAACGCCGUAUUCACCAUGUGAAUCUAUUUCACAACAACCAUCGCAAGGUACAUCAUCAAUAACACAAAACAAAACUCAAGGUACAUCACAAGUGAAAAAGAAAAAAAGAGACAGCCUUGUCGAAGAGUUUAGAAAGAAUAGAGAAGAAAGAACAAACAUGUUGAGACAAAUUACAGAAAAAGGCAAUACUCCAGUACACAUAUUCUUUAGGAGUAUGGCCGACGUAGUUUGUCAAUUUCCUCCGGUCAAAAUAGCUCAAAUCAGAGCACAAGUUUGUAACAUCGUUACUGAAAUGGAAUUAUUGGUCUUGGCGCAACUAGAGACAUUAUCCCCACAGCAAUCAUUCAACACACCACAGCAUCCAAUCCACGCAUACAACUCGCAACGAGAGACACCAUCCCCACAACAAUCAUUCAACAUACUUUGA